AAUCGACACUGCUCUCAAAGUUUUCUUUUUCAAGCCCUUGUAACAGCAAAAAGAAAUUUAUCUUCCUUCUUUGUUGCUCUUUCUUUCAAAUACACAAGAUUCAAGCAUGAGUUUUAAAAUUAUGACAGUCAAGAAAAAUGGCGUACAACCAAGUCAAGGCGAGUAAGCACUACACAACAAACAGCCAAGGUACGAGGAGGGCGUGUUGAAAAAAGUGACAGAGAAGCAAAGUGGGUGGAUCAAGAGCGAGCGGAAGAAGAUUUGCCUCGAAGUUACAAGUAGGGUAUGUUUGUUAUCAAGUUAUUGAGUUUAAGACUGAAGAUCCAACCAAAAUAUACUUUGAGCUGAUCAUCCAUAGCCAGGCAUCAUUUCUUGUUAUUCCAUCCAUUCUACACAAAAACAAUGGAAUUCAUCAAAGAUACAGGCCACCUUAAUAUACCCUUUCAAGAUAUCGAACUAGCAACCAAUAACUUCACAACACUUAUCGGAAGGGGCGGAUAUGGCAAGGUUUACAAAGGAAAGCUCUCACUUUCGGGUAAACUUACAAAUGUCGCGGUAAAGCGACUAGAUACUAACCUUUCUGGUCAAGGGUUUAAGGAAUUCUUAACGGAAAUCCAAUUGCUUUCACGUUAUAAACAUCCGAACCUCGUAUCCCUUGUUGGUUUUUGUCAUGAAGGCGGUGAAAAAAUUCUGGUUUAUGAGUAUGCAGAGCGCGGAAGCCUUGACAAAUACCAUCAUGUCGAUGGAAAAACAUGUACAUUAACAUGGAAGCAACGGAUAAAUAUUUGCAUUGAUGCAGCACGUGGUUUGAACUACCUACACAACCAUGUUGCAGAAAAAGAAAGAGUUAUCCAUAGGGAUCUAAAGAGUGCAAAUAUUCUCUUAGAUCAUGAUUGGAAAGCUAUGAUUGCGGAUCUUGGGCUUUCCAAAUUAGGCCGUGCAAAUGAAAAUGAGACGUAUCUUAUCACUAAUGCGUGUGGCACACAAGGUUAUUGUGAUCCGACAUAUAUACAUACGGGAGUGUUGACAAAAGAGUCGGAUGUUUAUUCAUUUGGCGUGGUAUUGUUUGAAGUCAUAUGUGGGAGGUUGGGCUUCAAGAAUGUAGAUAAUGAACAAAGAUUUCUAGCCUCACUCGCCCAACGCUACUAUGAGGAAGGAAAUUUAAAUAAGAUUAUUGAUCCUUGUUUAAAGAACCAAAUAGAGUACUCGGUUUCUUUGAAUGCAGUUUCCAAGAUUGCAUAUCAAUGCUUGGAUAGUGAUAGGGAAAAACGACCCUCCAUGGAAUUUGUGGUAGAGAAACUUGUGGAAGCACUGGAAUUGCAAGUGUUUGAUAAAUUUGAUUUCCUAUUUAAUACUUCAUACCCACGGAAUGACGAGUUAAAUAGGAUCUCAGAUUCUCCUAUAGUAAAGUCUAGCAGAAUGCAACUCUACACACAUCUCUCAAAAGGAAUCCUUGUCAAUGGGGCCAAUGUGUGGUUAUCUGUGGAUGAUGAGGGGAAGAAUCAUGAACUGAUAUCAGCAACAAAGUUCAUGCCCUUGGAUGGAAAAAAUUGUACACAGACAUUUGCUCCUCAGUCUCGAUUUCCAACGGUUGCCAAGAUAUUGAAUCCAUCGAAGAUUAAUAUGCAAGUCAUGAUAGUAACUCAGUUUUUGUCAUCCGAUAUAACAUAUGCAGCUUACCUUGUAUGCAAACCCACAUAUCAUUUUCCUAGAGGUUUCCAUGUUACCGGGAGUUUAAAUUACGAACUAAAGCCUGGAAGAAGUUUACGUAGUUCAUAUUUUAGUGAGUUGGAUCAGAGUGGAUGGAUGAUGGCUGAACUCUUCCAAAUCGUUAAUCCUAAAAGAAAUGAUGGUUUCAUAGUUAAUUUCAAACGAAUUGAUUUAAUGUAUCAAGUACAAACUGGUAUCAUUGUUGAAGGCGUCAAAUUUCUUCCAAUACAUAAGGUUGAUGAUAAAGAAAUCGGGGAAUCAGAUGUGGAAAAUCUCCAAGAAAGAGAGUGGGAGAAUCAUUUGCCAAGUGAUUAUAAGCAAUUCAUAUAUUAUUCAAGCAAAGACAUGAUGGCAAUGCCUCAAAAGGAUGUGAUCUUCCCUACCGAACAGGAAGCAUAUUCCAUUCUCUCUAAAGGCAUACGAAUUAAGCUUGAAAUUGAAGAUGAAAAAAAUGUUGACAUGUGGUUUUGGAUAACCAAAUUGAAUGGGAAGAAAUGUUUUAUGCUUUCACCUGAUUCAUUUUCAGCACCUCGCUCGUUGGCGUUUCGGUCCGCACCUGCAACUCCAGAUGAAUCCAGAUAUGGAAAAGUUUUCUGUAAAGAAAACACACGUUACAUAUAUAUGAAGUUUAGGCUCAUAUAUCCUCUUUUGUCAACAAAAACUACUUAUGCCUGUUACCUUGUAUACAAGAUGCUAGACAAUAAGUGUUUCGAACAUCCAUCCAAUGUGACUAUUGAUUGUCACCCUAUGAACAUGGAAGUCACACAUUUGGGUAUACCAGUUUCUGAAAGGACACCGUUCUGCUCAUUCUGGUCUGAAAAAACUAGAACCAUGUAUUUGAAAAGACCUAGAAGCCCACUCUUUGAACCAGAUGGAUUGAUCAAAUCUUCCAACCCAUUGAACAAACUCAGCAAUAUGGAAUUUCCAAGAGAAAGAAAAGAUGGUUGGUGGGAGGUGAGCUUAGGAGAGUUUAUCUCGGAUUAUACACCAUGCGAUGAAACGACUGGUAUCACUAGUGUAAGACCUGAUUAUGACUCCCAUAUUAGCAUCAUGAUAAGACACUUGGUUAUGAUUGAAAAACUUACUGUGCAAGGCAUUGAGUUUCGACCAUUAUAGAUAAAUUCCAUUAUAGAUGUUAGUGGUAUUGCUCCUACGCUUUCUCCGCUACUACUUAAUAGUAGUUUAUAUUUCUUAUCAGAUCAUGAAAAUGUAUAUUUACUUAAUAGUAGGUUCAUGUUAUUUUUACAAA